UCGUCUACGUCUGCUGUGCCCCGGAGACGCUGCGGGAGCUGAUGCUGCAGGCGGGACGCGAGGGGCUGACGCGCGGUGACUACGUCUUCUUCUACAUCGAUAUUUUUGGGGUGAGCCUCCAGGGCAGCCGCUUCCCCGAACCCCAACGACCCUGGAAACGAGGGGACAACCACGACGCCAGCGCCCGGAGAGCCUUCGAGGCUGUCACCAUCAUCACCUACAAGGAGCCUGAAAACCCCGAGUACCGGCCCUUCCUGGCGCGGCUGAAGGAGGAGGCGCUCGCCCACUUCAACUUCUCCAUGAAGGAUGGCUUGAUGAACUUCAUCGCGGCCGCCUUCCACGACGGGGUCCUGCUCUACGCCCAGGCCGUCAACGAGACGUUGGAGCAGGGUGGGUCCAUCACCAACGCCUCCGCCAUCACCCGCCAGAUGUGGAACCGAACCUUCUAUGGUGUCACCGGCUUCUUGAAGAUCGAUGAGAACGGGGACAGGGAAAGUGACUAUUCCCUGUGGGACAUGGACCCCGUGAGUGGGGACUUCCAGAUUGUGGCCAACUACAAUGGUACCACCAAGAAGAUCCAGAUGGUGCCAGGACGUGAGAUCCACUGGCCGGGGAACGUUGUCCCCUCAGAUGUCCCUCCCUGUGGCUUCGAUAACAGCAACCCCCUGUGCCGCAAAGCCAACCUGUCCACCCUGGAGGUCCUCUCCCUCGUGGUCAGCUUGAUCCUCCUGGCCAUCACUGUCACCUCCUUCUUCAUCUACAGGAAGCUGCAGUUGGAGAAGGAGCUGGCAGCAGAGCUGUGGCGUAUCCGUUGGGAAGACCUUCAGAUGAGCAGCUUGGAGAAACAUCUCCGCAGCGCUGGCAGCAAGCUCACCCUGUCCCUGAGGGGCUCCAACUACGGCUCCCUGAUGACGGCAGAGGGACAAUUCCAGGUCUACGCCAAGACGGCGUAUUACAAGGGCAACCUCGUGGCUGUGAAGCACCUCAACCGCAAACGCAUCGAGCUGACACGCAAGGUCUUGUUUGAGCUGAAGCAUAUGCGGGAUGUCCAAAACGAGCAUCUGACCCGUUUCAUCGGCGCCUGCACCGACCCCCCGAACAUCUGCAUCCUGACCGAGUAUUGUCCACGCGGCAGCCUCCAGGACAUCUUGGAGAACGAGAGCAUCACGCUGGACUGGAUGUUCCGCUAUUCCCUCACCCAUGACAUCGUCAAGGGGAUGCAGUUCCUACACAACGGGGUGAUCAUCUCCCAUGGGAACCUCAAGUCCUCUAACUGCGUGGUGGACAGUCGCUUCGUGCUGAAGAUCACGGACUACGGGCUGGAGAGCUUCCGCGUGGCCCCCGAUGGCGAGGACACCCACGCGCUCUUCGCCAAGAAGCUGUGGACGGCUCCUGAGCUUCUGAGGAUGGAGUCACCACCGGCCCGUGGGACGCAGAAGGGUGACGUGUACAGCUUCGGUAUCAUCCUGCAAGAGAUCGCCCUGCGCAACGGGGUCUUCUACGUGGAGGGGCUGGACCUGAGUCCCAAAGAGAUCAUCGAGCGGGUGAAGAGUGGGGAACGCCCCAGUUUCCGCCCCUCAGCCAACGUGGGGUGCCACAUGGAGGAGCUGGGCCAACUGAUGCAACACUGCUGGGCUGAGGACAUCCUGGAGCGCCCCGACUUCAACCAGAUCAAGGUCCAACUCCGCAAAUUCAACAGGGAGAGCAGCAGCAACAUCCUGGACAACCUGCUGUCACGCAUGGAGCAGUACGCCAACAACCUGGAGGAGCUGGUGGAGGAGAGGACCCAAGCCUACCUGGAGGAGAAACGCAAAGCUGAGGCUCUGCUCUACCAGAUCCUACCCCA